CAAAUAAGUUAUUAAUGAACUCUGUUUUCGACUCACUACCUGUGGUCAAGAGUCUUUUUUAGAUAAUAAUUAGUUUUGUGGUUAUCUUGUAUGGUGUAUAUCCGAUAGUUAGUUUUGAAGGUAGAUAAUUAUCCUGUAUUGUAUACCCUAUAUAUGUACUUAUUGGUUAUGUGAAUAAUAAGUAAAAAAAAAGCCCUUCAUACGUAUUCUGAGUCUAUAUGGUAUCAGAGCAUACCGUUUGAAACCCACAUCAAAAACAAAUCGAAGCACGAAUAACCUCGAAUCGCAAUGACUGAUAAGGAUACCACCGCUCCUCAAGAACCUCGUCUCAUCGUCCAAGAUGCUCCUUUUCCGACGGGGAUCAUUCUGGACGAAACCAAUUAUCAGUUGUGGUCCCAACUGAUGGAGAUGAGGAUUGGCGCUCGAAACAAACUUGGGUUCUUGACGGGAACCUCCAAGAAACCUGAAUCCGGCGAGAAACAGAUCGAAACCUGGCUAAUGGAUAAUAAUCGAGUCAAGAGUUGGCUCAUCGAUUCCAUGAGUCCAACCUUGAUCUCGACGUUUAUCCGGUUGAAGACGGCAAAAGAAAUCUGGGACGCCGUGGCGAAAACCUUCUACGAUGGAACGGAUGAAACGCAGUUGUUCGAGUUAAAUCGGAGAUCGUUCAGCACGAAGCAAAAUGGACGGCCACUCGCAGCAUACUAUAACGAAUUGGUUGGAAUUUUUCAGGAGAUUGAUACCCGACUAAUGGGUCAUGAAGAUGAAGUUGAUAAGAUCGUAUCCUUGAAAAAAAUCUUGGGACGACUCCGAGUGCACAUCUUCCUCGCGGGAUUGGACGCUGAAUUCAAUCAAGCGAGGGGAGAGAUCUUGCGUAAGGACCCUCCAAUGGACCUAGAAGCUUGCUAUGCUUUCGUUCGCAAAGAUCAGCAACAACGAUCUACAAUGGAGGACGUGAAACGCGAGACCGACAGUGUCGUGAACUUGGCUACUCGGAGUCGCACCGUGAAGGAGAAAGAAAAGGAGAAGAGUUCCAACAAUAAGAAGAAUAAUUUUGUGUGUACCCACUGUGGUGAAGAGGGACACUCAAAACAAAGGUGCUAUGAACUAGUUGGGUACCCCGAAUGGUGGGACUUCUCAAAGAGGCCACGAAGGAAGGUGGGACAGACAUCCAUGGCUACAACAAAAGGUGAUGAUGGGACUCCGGUUGCGGCACAUACCGAGUCAUUUAGUGAUCACGGAUAUCGCGACAGAUCAGAUUCUUGGCUAUGGUACUAGGAGGGGCAGGUUGUACUAUCUCGAAGAAGAAAGAUUAGCGGAGGCGUAUAACGUAGAAGGAAGAAACGAGUUAGCGUGGUUAUGGCACCGUAGAUUAGGACAUUUGUCGUUUGGGUAUUUAAAAAGAUUAAAACCUGAAUUAUUUUUGAAUAAUAAAACAUUUGAUUCUAGUUGUGAUAUUUGUGAAUUGGCUAAGCAUCAUAGAGUCUCAUAUCUUCCCAGUGAAAACAAAACAACAAUUCCAUUCAUGAAGAUCCACUCGGAUGUUUGGGGUCCGGCUAAAAUUGCAACCCCAAGUGGGUAUCGUUAUUUUGUAACUUUUAUCGAUGAAUUCUCACGUAUGAUUUGGGUGUCGUUAUUGAAAAACAAGAGUGAAGUACCGCAUGUGUUCAAGGAACUAUAUCAGAUAAUUAAAUCUCAAUUUAAAUGUGAGAUCAAAGUGCUCCAAUCCGAUAAUGGAGGUGAGUAUGUUAAUCAGGAAAUGGAGGCAUUUUGUAAGGCAAACUCCAUUCGACAUCAAACAUCAUGCGCCAAUACUCCUCAACAAAAUGGGCUCGCGGAAAGACGGAAUAAACAAAUACUCGAGAUUGUAAGAGCAUCUCUUUUCGACAUGAAGGUACCCCGUCAAUAUUGGGGAGAAGCUGUGCGGAGUGCGGCAUACCUAAUGAAUCGGACUCCUUCCAGAGUCCUCAAUUUCAAAACACCUUUACAAGUAGUACACGAAA